AUUUAAUUUUAUUAAUCUUAUAUGUAUUUUAAUAAUUAUUUGUGUUAUAUUUAGUUUAUCUUAAUUAAAUUUAUGAUAUUUUUAAAAAUAUAUCUUAAUUCUUAUUGGCAAUAUAUUAAUUGUAGGAAUGGUAAGAAAUAUUUUUUUAAUGAAUGGAAUCAUGUCGAAUUAGUUACUCAUAAUUUCAAACAAUAUUAUCACUUAAUUGGAAAAACUAAAUUUUGAUCGCAUACAUUCUUGUGAAAUAAAUGGAAUCAAAUUCAAAGUGAUUCAUAAAAAAAGGAGAGAAACUAUUGAAAUAAGAUAAUUUAAAUAUAAUUAAAAGACAAAUACAUAUAUCAUCAUUUCUUUAAAUUCUUCAAAUUAUCAAUAUUUCUUUCUGUUUUUUUUUCCAUUGAUUCCAAUUUCAUUUAGUCCGUACAAUUCUAAAAUGAGCUAUUACAGCUUUAAUGUUUAAGGAUAGUUAAUUAAAGUGCAGUGGACCCAUUAAAUAGUGGGGAGAUGUGCGAAAGACUAAUCUAUUGUCUUAUACUCCCACAGUCAACUCUAAUCCCAGCGUGAUACCCAUUAAUUGCUUGGUCCUUCAUUUUACCCCACAAAAAAUAAAAUUCGAAACCUCUCCUCUCUCUCAUCUUUCAUUCUCUCUCUCCCAAAACCAUAUCUUUCAAAGUAUCCGUUGCAACAGUUCGCGUUAUCUCAGAGACAAAUAAUCUCCACUAAGAAGAAGAAAGAAUCGAAUCGAAGUCUCGGAAAACGAUGUCGUUUCGGGAGAAGAUGCCGACGAGUCCCAAAUCGCCUCUACGAAGGAGACGCUCGAGCUGGACCGGGUCAUGGCUCAACCACCCGACGACGUCGUUCAAGGAAGUCGUCUCCGCCGUGAUCCAGGCUCAAUCGCCGAGAUCCACGUCUAAACCCCAAACCUCCGAUUUCGAUUUCAAUUUCGAUUUCGAUUCCUCCAAAGUCGAUCGAACGCUCUCCUUACCCGACUCUCUCCUCCUCAGAAUCCUCCAGAAGCUUCCCGAUUCCCAGAACAACAACAACGACGUCUCUCUCGUCUGCAAACGGUGGCUGAGUCUCCAAGGACGCCGCCUCCGCACUCUCAAGCUCCUCGAUUACGACUUCCUCUUAUCCGAGAAGCUCGUCUCGAGAUUCCCCAAGCUCACGAGCAUCGAUUUAUCAAACGCGUGUAUGAAUCCGAAUCCGAAUCCGAAUCCGCCGCGCAUCCUCCUCUGCCACAAAUCGACUUCGUGCCACGUGUCAUCAGACUCGUCGAAUUGGGAGGAGAAUCUUUUACCGAGCGAAGUGAUCGAUAGAGGGCUUAGGGUGUUAGGAAGAGGAAGCUGCGAUUUGCUCAAACUCGUGGUGACCAACGCUACUGAGUUAGGUUUACUCGGUUUAGCCGAGCACUGUUCCGAUCUUCAAGAGCUUGAGCUCCGCAAGUGUAACGAUAAUCUCUUACGUGGCAUCGCUGCUUGCGAGGGCCUAAGAGUGUUGAGACUGGUGGGAAGCGUGGAAGGGUUGUAUACUUCGUCUGUUUCCGAUAUUGGUUUGACGAUAUUAGCACAAGGGUGUAAGGGGCUGGUGAAGCUUGAGCUUAGUGGCUGUGAAGGUAGCUUUGAUGGGAUUAAAGCGAUAGGGCAGUGCUGUGAGGUGCUUGAAGAGCUUACGGUUUGUGAUCAUAAGAUGGAUGAUGGUGGUUGGUUAGCUGCGCUUUCGUAUUUCGGGAGUUUGAAGAGGCUGAGAGUGUUGUCUUGUAGAAAGAUUGAUUCUAGUCCUGGCCCGGAGAAGAUGCUUAGGUCUUGUCCGGGGUUGGAGAGUUUGGAGCUCGUGAGGUCUUGUUUGAAUGAUAAAGAAGGGUUGAGAGCUUUGUUCAAGGUGUGUGAUGGAGUGAAAAGGGUUUAUAUUCAGGAUUGCUGGGGAUUGGAUGAUGAUUCGUUCAGCUUGGCUAAAGCUUUCAGGAAGGUGAGGUUUGUGUCAUUGGAAGGAUGCUCAGUCCUAACAACAGGCGGUUUAGAGUCGGUGAUAUUGCACUGGGAAGAGCUCGAGAGCAUGAGAGUGGUGUCAUGUAAGAAUAUAAAAGACAGCGAGAUUUCACCGGCACUCUCGUCUUUGUUCUCACUUCUCAAAGAACUGACGUGGAGACCAGACACAAGGUCUCAUCUCUCGUCCAAGCUCGAAGGUGCUGGAAUUGGAAAGAGAGGCGGCAAAUUCUUCAAGAAGAGAUGAUUUAGACAAAAUCUGUUGUAAAAUCUGCCUUUAAUAACAAGUAUGUAGUCAAUGUUCAAAACUCUCGUGUAAUACAAUGUUCUGUUGUUAUGUAUAAUAAUAAAACUCUUCUCGUCCGUAGUAUCAAA